UCGUCACAGGAGAAGCUCGUCACUGCCUGAGUUGCUUAGUCCGGCGUACCUGAUUCGAGCAUAUAAACUUGGAGGUUUCUUUUCUUUGAGAGGUGCUCUUGGAGCCGUUACAGGAGAUCCAGGGCCAAUGGAGGGAUUCUCUGUGAAUGUUUUGGAGGCAACAUGCCUUGGAGUGAGCAUUGCUCUCUCAGGCCUCUCUUUCUAUCUGUAUAAGAAAGGCCGGACAACAGUAGAUAAACUCGAUAAUGCUCCACAGUUCAUCACAGAUAAAAGUCUCAAAGCCAUUUUGAAGCAGACUCCAGGAGCGCGGCUAGAAUAUGUCAUCAUUGAAGGUGCUGUAGAACCUGCUGGAAGACCUCUAAUGAGUCAAUACAACAGAGAUGCUGUUGGCGUGUUGCGUACAUUCAUGGUGAAAGACCACAGGCUGCUGUGGAACGGAAUUUCACGCUCAUGGAUAGAUGAUGAACGAAUUGUGCACAAAAACAUCGACGCAGUGCCGUUCUUAUUAGUGGGACUGGAUAAGACCGAAGUCCGAGUCAAGUCACCUCUACAGGCCAGUGGGCUGAACAUGGAGAUAACACAUGAGAGGUUUCACCAGGCCAGUCAUAGUUUAUUUGACAUCAUGGUGCAAUACUUGAGUGGGGAGAAGCCUAGAGGUCAACUGGAGAUUGAGAAAAUGCUCAGAGUGGGGACAAAUCUUACAGGUAUAGGUGAGUUGACUCUGGACACAGACGGCAUUCUGACUCUUCAACCCCCUUCUAACGGUUCACAGUACUUCCUGAGCACAGCGGACUUCAAAACCCUGCGAGGAGAGAAUGAGAUCCUGGCUUUUUGGUGGAAGGUGCUGGGCAUUACUUCUGCUUUGGCAGGGGCAGCAGUCCUUUUUUGGGUCGGGCUACGCUACUACCGCCAGCUAAAGCUUCGCUGGGAGCAGGAACAGGAAAGCAGGGAAUUUAACAGACAGCUGGCUGAAGACUUAAGACUGCACACUAACGUAACUGGACCUGAUGAUCAUCAAGACACAGCGAACUUGUGUGUUAUUUGCCUCAAUCAACCACGUAACUGUGUACUGUUGGACUGUGGACACAUGUGCUGCUGCUAUACCUGCUACCAGGCUCUGCCGCAGCGCAAAUGCCCCAUUUGUAGACAGAACAUUGUAAGAGUGCUGCCUCUAUAUCAAGUUUGACCUCAGUAAAGACUGUAAGUCCUGCACUUAACUUCUAAAUUAAAUGUGAGUCAUGUUGUGAAAACAUUUUGUCCUUUACAGAGGUCCAGUGAAAAAAUGUUUAAAAUUUUACAAUUCAGAUGUUUAGUUUGCUAAACAUUUAUGUGCCUUAUUUUGGCAUUUUCUGUGGCUGCUGCUGAGUAAUGGUACCAUAUGGGUCCUCAUGAGGAGUGUUUUGUUUCAGACAGUUUCAUUUGUAUUUUUUGUAACUGAAAGUUACUGAAGUGUUGAAAAGUUUUACUAUAAAAUUGUAUUUAACACUUAACUCACAGUUGAGACUGUUGAUACAGAUUUAAUAAAGCAUCACUCUUUGAAA